CCUCAUCGGGAGUCACACAAUGUCACCGGCUGAACUGAGGGUUGUGCUGCUGAUCCUGGGUUUUCUGGUCACAGACUCCGCACUUGGUGAUCCGUGUGUAAACCACACCGUCCUGGAUCAGCCCUGGAGGAGCACGGAUUGUUCCAACACUGAGUGUACCGGUGGACAAUGGAUGGAUGAUCGAUAUCUUGCAGUGGGAUGGUACAGAUUUAACAGUUCCGGAGGAUGGAAGAUUCCCGAUACCAUCGUUCCAGAGUAUCGCUGUUCUGGGUACUACCCAGGCUGGAUUAGAGGUCCCCAUCCCAACGUGGGAGAGGGGGAGGUGAACAGGACCGUCUGCUUCACCUGGAGUAUAUACACCUGUUCCGGGAGCCGAGAGAUCAGGGUGAAAAACUGCUCCGGUUACUUUGUGUAUUGGCUGGGGCCGGCACCCUGGAGCAACGCUGUGUACUGUACAGGUUCCCAUCCCAACGUGGAAGAGGGGGAGGUGACCAGGACCGUCUGCUUCACCUGGAGUAUAUACACCUGUUCCGGGAGCCGAGAGAUCAGGGUGAAAAACUGCUCCGGUUACUUUGUGUAUUGGCUGGGGCCGGCACCCUGGAGCAACGCUGUGUACUGUACAGGUAGGUCACCGUUCCCCAGUGACACAGCAGUGUGGUAG